AUGUCGAAAAACGCUUCGCACAACAACACCACCCACUCCCAUCAUCAUCAUCAUCAUGCACAGCACGGUCACCAGCAUUCGACGAUUAGCAGCAGCAUACGGAAGGAGCUGGCUUCCUACGAGAAUCCCUACCAGACGCAGGCCGGCGCUGCCGGCGGCGGGGGCAUGGUGCGCAAGAAGCCAACCAAACGGAACGCCAGCACGGAAAGUCUCGAUCUGUUCGACUCGAGCUGUCCGCCGGAGGAGUGCAGCUGUGGCCUGUACUCGCCCAGCUCGAUCAACGGCGGCAAGGGGUGCAGAAAGUGUGCCAGCGCUUGUGAUACAACCGGCACGACCAAGUCGGUUCCAUCCUCAUCGUCGGUUCAGCAGCAGCAGCAGAAGAAGCAUAACUCUUCCAAGUUUAAGGACGCUUCAACGAGCCCCAAAUCGAGCAGCCCGCUGAAGGCGAUUGGGCAGCAGCAGGAGUGCCGUAGCCCCAAAAUUGAAGCCUCCACCGAUACAAAGUUUGAUUUUAACUUUUCGCCCAAAACGGAAAGCCACUACCGGCGCCUGUCCUCGCUGAGCAUUAAUUCGUCGGGCGGCCACAAGCAUGCGGUCACUGCCAGCCCCAUGAAGCAAGCGGCGGCUGGCGGUGGUGGUGCCGCCACUUUGGCCGCCUCCUCCGCAGCAACCAGCCCGAAGCUGAGCCCGCAAAAGUUAACACCGGUGAGAACGGCGGACCAUCAGCGCACGCUGGAAAAGUCGAACUCGCUCGGCGAAAGCAAACCGCCGCGGAUGCUGCGCAAUACGCGCAGCCUAUCGCCCCGGCCGCCCGUACGCCAUCAGCACUCGAUUAUGGUGUCGGACGAAAAUGACAUCAUCUCGGUGAAGCUGUCGCCGAACGAGGAGUACUGCGAUGACGAGGGCACGAAGCGGCGCGAUUCGGCCAAGAAGGCAGAGCCGAAGGGCGAGCAACGGGUGGCUGCUGAAAGCAAGGGUGAUUCGUCGACAUCGAAAUCGAACACAGCAGCAGCAGCAGUCAACGGUGGCGGUGGUGGUGGUGAGAAGGCAAAAAAGUUGAGCGAUUGCUUGAAGAGCGCUAACAACAACCGCAGCACCAGUUGCCUGGUGUACGUGCCGUCGGAUCCGUGGACGCGCAUGUCGGCCAGCAAUUCGCCGCUGCCGUCGCUGCCGAAGCAGCAAAAAUCCAAGACGCUUGAUAACAGCGCCAAAGCGUACGGCAAACCGUGCCUCGAUUACAUGAAACACUCCGACCCCUGGGUUUGGCGCUCGAACGUGAACCUUCCCGAGCGGGUAUCGGCAAAGGGAACCGGAGGGGGCGCGAAGAAGCGGAAUGCGGCGGCGUUGCCCCAUCAAACGAAAUCGCUCACCAGCACGGUGAGCCGCGAUGACUCAGACGUUGCUGUGGGCGGCGGCAAGCAUCAAGCGAAGCUGUGCCAGCAGCAAUCGCUCGGUCGGUUCGAGAAAACGCUCACCAUACCGGGCGUGGACGGGAGCUUCGAUGCGCGCAAGAAAAUCACCCGACCGAAGCUGCAGCGCUCCAAGUCGCCAUCGUUUUAUGAGGACUUUUUUCAGCAGCCACCGGCUGGGGCGGCCGAAACGGGCACGAACAAAUCGCCGCAAACCGGCUCACUAGCGCUUGCCAGAAACAAGUCCAUCUCGUCGCUCAAGAUAGAGAAGAACGCUUCCAACUCGAACCUGAACGGGCACGGUAGCAGCAGCGGUGGGCUUAUCAGCAAUGCCAUCAACCACAGCAGCAGCAACACGAGCAACAGCGGUAGCUUCAGCAGCUACAACGGCAACGGUUCACCGACCGGCCGGAAGCAACCGUCACCGAAGCUUAGCAUACCGCCGGCGACACAGCAUCUGGCAUCGCCAGCCAAGCAGUCGCUGCAGCAGCCGGAGCCGACGAAAGCGUCGCUCAACCUGCUCAACCCGAACAUGCUGCAGCCGCGGCACAGCUUCUCCACCACACCCUCGCAAAAGGAUGACGAGCUGCAGCUGAACAUCCGGCGGCUGAGCGAGCAGAUGAACAAGUACAGCCAUUCGGCCGCCUUUCCCACGCCGCCGGCCUUCCUGAACGAUACGAUCCUGCAGCAGCAGGUUGGCGCGAGCAAGAAGGUCGGUGGCAGCGGCGGCAGCCUAACGGCCGGCCCGACGACCACCGCCAGCACCACGGCCGGCGGCAGUAUCAGUGGGCUGAACGAAGCCUCCCAGCGCAAGACGGCUUCCCACUCGAAGAUAAACGAGCCAAUUCUGGAAACACGCUGCUAGAUUGAACUUCGCACAUCGAUUGAACAAGCAGCUUCGAGGCAGUCUUGUCGAUGGUGUGAUGAUGGUGAUGAUGGGUCAGGAGGAAAGUUGCAUUUGUUUGUAGCUAGCAAAAAUUAAUUGAAAACAUUGAAAACCAACUGCCGGAUUUACACUGGAAUUUGGCACACCACCACACCACCACCACCACCACUGGCGCGUGCGGCAAUAGUCGCACAUUACAUUGAUUAGCCGAAGGAAACUGGUAAAGGAAUUGGAACGAAUUGACGCGCGCGCGGUGUUUUUGGAGGCAAAUUGGGUGAUUAUGUGUGUGAGUGUGGGUGCGUGUGCGUGUGUGUGUUUGUGUGUUUACUUUUAUGCACCGCCACACCGAAUGCAAACCGUUUUUUCGAACCUUUGAAUGUUGAUGAUAAGCACAAGCGAAGAAGGGGGCACACAACAUCACACAGUCUGAUUAUUAAGAACAAAGCGCAGUAGUAAACGUUAAACACAAUCAUUAUAUCAUUCAUCUGUGGGGUUUGGGGAGGGGAGACAGACGUGGGCGGCAGCCAGCGCGAUCAAUAAUACUAGUUUACGGACGAUGACAAAUGGAAAAAAAACACAAGGGAAUAUCAUAAGUAAGAGUUUUAGAUGCUAAGUGCAAGAUUCUGUGCAGCAGGACGAAGCGACCGUCUGAGAGAUCAACCAAACUGAAAGAGAUAGAGAGAGAGAGAGAGUGAUUGAGAGAGGGGAAACGGAAUAGCAAAAUUUAACAACGAUCACAUAGACACGAUCGUCUCGCUAGGCUAAAACUUGUUAAACCUACUUACCGCGAAUUGGGAUCGAUAAAUAGCAAACAACACGGAUUGACUUUAUCAGUUAAGCAAAAGCGAUGGGGUGGCACACGCUCGCCUGACACGCGGAAACACGCGGCACGCGGUUAGAGCGAAUGCGGUGACUGCUUUGUGCGCAACUAGUGUGCCAACAAACGCGAGCGUGCAAAAUGUGACUUGCGUGAGUUACGGUGUACGAUCAUUUCUGCAAUGGUUCAGAAGGGUGGCUCGCACUUUACAUAUAAAAAAAGACGCGCUCGGAAGUGCAAUAGUGAGGAAUGCAUUCGUUGCGAGACGGAUUUAAAAACAAAACGUAUAGCAUAUACAUAUACAUAUAUUCUAAAGUGUAAAGAGUUGGAGCAAGUGAAGCGGCGGCGGCGGCAAGGCAACAAGGAAUAGAAAGCAUUGAGGACAUUGAAGAACUCACCGCCUCCCCUCCUCUUCCCUUUCCCGUGUGAAGCAGAAACACACAGUAUUACACACUAUCGGAUAAAUACUGCGCUUUCGCGUUCUGCAGACGUUAAUAUUUUGAGGAUUAUGCUUAACAUAAUGCGCGGGCACUUUGAUUACGAUUUUACUUUAGCGUUUCGCGCAGUGCUUGCGUUCAGCAGUUGCGUGUUUGCGAUCAGUUCGGUUUCCCACAUUCAGAGUAGAUCUGUUCUCGGUUGAUAACGCGAGGAGGUAGAUCUUUAGUUUUACUUGCAUAUUCGCGACUUAUUAUGACACCUUUAAGCGUUUAAACAGUUUAAGUUGACAAAAAGACAAAGUUCUGGAAAAUUGGCCACCCCACACUUCGCUAAGAACGCGUCUGCUUAGCGUGUGUGUGUGGGUGUGCUUACUAGUUAUGGCAAAUUUAUGUUGAUCUUUGGCACGUGGCUAACCAUAUUUCCUAUUGCGAUAGGACACACACACGGGAGCGAGAGAGGACACAGGUCGUGUGCAAGCAAAUGCACAGAGCUUUGGGCCAGAGCAAGGGAGCGGUGCAUGUUUUUAACAAUAAAAUGACACUCCCACUGCCAACACAUACCACAAAACCAACAGCAGAAUCACAUCAUCAUCACGUUCCGUUACGAAUAUCAGGAUUAACUCUAGUUCUCGUGUCAUCUGUAUGCACGCAUCUAAUUUUCUCUCUCUCUUUUUCUCUAUUUAUCUAAAACGCACUUUUACCGGCUUGGAAACGUAUGGUAAUUGUACAUAUAAGACUACUUACAUCCCACAGUGUGUGCCCGUACGGUACACCUUCUCUAUCCAACCUCCUCUACCUGGUGGUCGGUCUGCUGUAUCAGCGGAUGAGUCCCUUCGAUUCCUUAUGCGCACACACGUUGGUUCCGGCGGAAGGGAGGGAAGGCAAGCGGCGGAUUGAGGGUUUUUCUUUUGCUGCAAUGGCACAUUGAACAUUGAUUAACAGAAUUAGUGUAAUUGAGAGAGAGAGAAAAAAAGGAUUUAUCGUUUGGGACCCUAGUCCAUUACGCUUCUGAGGAACCCUUUUCCCUCCCCGAAUCAUUGUACCAAAUCUUUCAACCUCGUAACGGGAAGCGGUGCCCCAUGAGACGUACUCUAUUUCAUGAUUAACCAAUAAAAAUCUCGACACGAAA